CUCUGUCCACCAGCCUGCUAGGCUCCAUGUUCCCCAUGCCUCGUGUCAUCUGGGCCAUGGCUCAGGACGGCCUCCUCUUCAAGAGUCUGGCCCAGAUCAGCGACCGAACCAAAACCCCUCUAAUCGCUACUGUAACCUCUGGAAUGGUGGCAGGUGCCCCUGCUUCCCUUCCUCCCAGUAGCCAGUAUGUUUAUCAACAUCUUCCUGAUGUGUCAGCUGGGCCGAGGAACCUGGAUACGCUUCUCUUUCUGGAUGAUCAUAGGUUUCAUCAUUUACUUUGGCUAUGGGAUCCGUAACAGUGUAGAAGCUGCUUUAGCCAAUACUGCCAGUAACCUGCACGGAUACAAGCCAGACUGCACUCUCAACGGACAGCCAAUGGACAUCGAGAAGGAAGUCUUCUUACACAACGGCCUGGACCUGGACAACACAGUGGACGAGGAGGACGGUGACCUCUAGAGGUUGUGGAGGUGCGGUGCACUUCUCUAAUGUUACUAUCUGAUUACUUUAUCUAUCUUUACCUGUCAGAUUAGUACCACAUACUGUCAGAAAUAUCUUCACGUGAAGGGGGACAAUCACGUACAAUCAGAACGAGCUCUAUUAGGGCCUCAUGUUGCGUAGUAUCAAACCGGACGCAGGUCUCUUCACAUUGGGCKGUGAUCCACCGUACCAGUUCCCACGUCCACUGCUCAUGACUCUGUUAACGAUAUCAUUUGUAAACACCAAACCGAAGAGUCCGUCUGCCAUUGUUAGCACAUAGCAGGAGGACUAACACACUUCUCUCGGAAGAAGAAACAGGGGCUUGAAAGGAUCUGUGGCCCUUAACAUUUUAUUCAAAUUAGUUGGAAAUACUGAAUAGUCUAUAAUUUCACACUGAAGAGCYGGGCUCGUCCCUAAUACUAAACUUUACUGGUGGAUUACCAUGCAGUCUAUCACCCUCUGAUGGUAUCCUGGUGUCACUGCAUGAUAGAUGCUGAUAGAUAGAGGAUGUYUCACAAGGGCACCCUAUUCCCUAUAUAGUGCARUACUUUUGACCAGGACCCAUAGUGGACACAGUGCUGGUUGCUGUGUCCCCCUCUACUAUUCAAGUCCACAUCAUCCUCCCCAAUUUCAUUACUUACAAUGACAURGACAUAUUCUGCUUCUUAUCUACAAAUAUAUUGACUUAUUGAUGACAACAAGUGAUGUUUUUUCAUUCAUAUGUGCUGAGCCAUCUCUGAGUCAAUAGAGCUGCACUUCCUUGUUUGAUUGAACAUCAUAUUCAGGAUGUAAUGAAUUGUAAUUCAUACGUCUCAAAUUACAACUUCCGUAUGAAUUGAGGUGAGUGUUUUAAGGUAAUAAGCUGAUGUUGUUCCAACUUCCAUUAUAGAGGAGUUGA